AUGGCCAUCAACUUCAAGGACGGUGUCAUCCUCGGCGCCGACAGCCGGACCACCACCGGAGCCUACAUUGCCAACCGAGUCACCGACAAAUUGACACAAGUGCACGACACCAUCUGGUGCUGUCGCUCGGGCUCAGCAGCGGACACUCAGGCCGUGGCCGACAUCGUUUCUUAUCACCUCAACAUGUACGGCGUAGUCAACAACGAGGCCCCCAGCACACAGGUGGCUGCCUCGCUCUUCCAGGAGCUAUGCUAUGAGAACAAGGAUGCUCUCAGUGCGGGCAUCAUCAUUGCCGGAUACGACCCUCGUCACGGCGGCCAGGUAUACUCGAUUCCGCUGGGCGGAUCCCUUCACAAACAAUCGUUCGCGAUCGGCGGUUCAGGAUCGACCUACAUCUACGGUUAUACCGAUGCGCACUGGAAAGAGAACAUGACCGAGGAAGAGGGAAUCAACUUUGUGCGCAGUUCUCUGCAGGAGGCUAUCAAGUGGGAUGGUAGCUCGGGUGGUGUCAUCCGUAUGGUGGUGCUGACCAAAAAGGGCGCUGUGCGGCACUUGUACCUGCCGGACACCAACUACACUGGACCCGGCGUGACGAAUUAA